AUGGACCACAUCGCACAAUUGGCCGACGACGUCUUUCGAGGCAAAGGUAUCGUCUCUAGCGACGGCGUGGAAUUUGACUUAUCAGUGCUCUCUACUGACUUACAAACUCAAGAGCUUGAGGAAAGCGAGACUGGUCAUGACUUGUCUGAGAGAGAAGGUCAAGCGAUCGCCCCACAGAAAGCCGGAGACAAGGAGAAGAGACGAUCCAAGAACGCCAGGCGAAGAAAUAAGAGAAAGGAGGCUGGUACCCAUAUUCUCACUGAUGUGUCCACAAAUCCGCCGUCCGAACAAACAAAGAUAUCGAUCGAAGUGAUCGUCCCUACUGAUGCCGAGCCCAUUGAGUCAAGUGCAGGCUGGAGCACCCCUGGAGAUACAGGAGCGACCGCUUCCGAACAGGACCGGCCUCUGAUCGUCGGUCUAUACGGAGUCUCUGGUGCCGGAAAGAGCCGUGUCCUCGAACAGCUCGCGAGUACGCUUGCAACGCAUUUUGACUUUGUUGAUGGGUCGGCUUUGGUCGACAAAAACUUUGGCUUGGCUGCGUUCAAAAAGCUGGACAUUGAAGAGCAGCUCUGA